AUGGUACUGAACAAAAACAAAGGUACCGAGAUAUCCAUGGACGACGCUUUGCGAACAUACCAGCUCGAAUACGAUCAACAUACCACGAAGCAGUACCAGCAGAACUACAUUGACAUUCAAGGCGACAAGCAGAGCAUUUUGAAGUACAUGUACCUACAACUAUAUAGUAUCAUCGCUAUAAUAAAGGAAGAGCUGGAACAUACGAAGGAACCAAACAAAGAGAACCUAGAGAAGAUAUACAGUAACCUCAUGAAGGAAGUCGAAGAUUACCGUAUCUCGAUUGACGAAGCAACCUAUGUCCAACGAUAUGUCGAUGGUAAAUGGAUAUUACCCACCUUUACUGAGGUCAAGAACAUAAUACUGUAA